AUGGCCCCUUCCAAAGACACUACAAUGUCAGCCUCUUCUCCUUUACCCAGGAAGCGAAAGGGUCGUGCUGACUCUCCCAGCAGCUCCAAUGAAACUGCCAGUAUUCCGGCACCAACCAAGACCGUCCAGGCGACCAACGGUACCAACGGGAAUGGUGUUUCGGUUUUGAAGGCAAGCAACGGCACCAAGGACCUUGUCACCAGCCAAACUGUCUUGACUGCCAAGUACGAUGUGUUUAAGACGAAAGAGUCUGUGACCGUGGCUCGCAACUUCGACUGCGUGAAGCAUGCUCGACCAGCUGAAUUCCCCGAGUACCUCGGUGCCCUACCAUUCCCUCGCGAACUCAAGGGCUUGGUUGCCUGGACUGAUGCCUUUGUCGAGCGACUCGGUUGGGUGGCCUUGCAGGAACAAGAGGUGAGGAGUGUCCGAGCAUCCAACGACACCAUCGCCCAUGCUAACGAAGAUUCACAGGAAACUGCUCGUCGAGAGCGCUCCCUUGGUCGUGCCAACCGAGACAUUGAGAUUCUAAACCUCCGCAUCACGGAACUUCAGACGAAGCUACAUGCUUCCACCGACGAAAAUCACACACUGAAGGGCAACAAUGCCAAGCUCAAUAGCCGCAACAAGUUUCUUGAGGGACAAUGCAAGCGAGACCAUGAUCAUAUCAAGGCCCUCACGGAGGAUAUCUCAGCCAAGGGAACAACCAUCUGUACUCUGACCAAGGAGAAUGAGAGGCUGAGAACCAGCGUGAAGAGUCUCGAGAUCAAGAUCCAAGAGCUCAUCGAUCAGCACACGGGAGAUGAGGCCUCGCGCAAGGCUUUGGUGCAAGGCUUUGCGGAGUGGAAACGACUUGACAAGAUCCAUGAUGACAAGGUCCUUGCGCAAGUCACUGACCUGCAGAAGGAGCUUCACUCCGAGAGAGCGGCCAAAACCAAGGCCCAAGACGAUCUGAAAGACGCUUUGGCAAGACAGGCCAAGCUCGAGGGCGAGAACGCUCACCUGGAAACCUUGCGCGCAGAGCUUGAUGCAGUCGUGAAGACCAUCCGCGACCAGCUCCAACGGCUCGAGGCAGAUCUCGCAGCUUCGGAAGGAGAGAAGGCGACACUUGAGGCGCUCCUGCGCGAGCUGACGAAGAAAGAAGAGAGCGCUCAGAUCGAGAUCGAGAGCCUCCAUCGCAAACUGGACGAUGCCAAGCUCAGCGUGGAGGCUGCCAAGGAACAAGUUCACGCCGCAAAUGAACAUGCCAAGCUUCACUGGGAAAUGCUUGAGGCUAUUCGUAUGGAUGGCCACUGGCUGCGGACCGACAAGACGGAUGCUUGUGAUACGGUUAUGAAGGCUCCUUUCAUUUGCCGCCUUCCUGUCUCGGAGCCUGUGGUUGCGCCGAUGAAGACUGUGAUCAGCCGCCUGCCAGAGUCCGAGCCCACUGCGGAUAUUGAGAAUCCCUUUAACUGA